UUAAAGGGCCAAAGCAUCCACGUUGUCCAACUGCUUAUUUAUUUUUAUUCCAUACUCCGCCGGCUGCCGGAAUGCUCCACCACCGGAGUUCUUAACCACUGAACCCUAAAACUCACACCGGUUCAUCCACCGUGAAGAUUAAUGGAGGGUGUACUCCCAAUUACAGAAUAUCUAAUCGACAUAAGGUCCGAUAUAGAUGACAAAUCAAGUGGAAACACACCUACAGACGAUCAAUCUUUCCUCUUUUAUUUCAUCAUGGGCACCUAUUUCGGGCCCAAUCUCAAAGGCGAACCACAAAAGUCCGUUUUCCAAAGACGGGCUGAAGAUCUUCCACCAUAUAGCCUAGAAAACCUAGCUGGAUCUUGCAUGAAAACAGUUGAAGUAGAGAGAAUUUACUAUUACGUACUUAGAAAAGCCGAUCCGUCAGUUAUAUUAAAACUACCUUUUCUAAAACAAUUUCUUUACGGGAAUCUUUCGACGUCUACAAAAACCCAAACGCUACCUUUCCCGCAAUUUGAUGAUCUUUUCCCCCCUGAUUUGCAUCCUCAUUCAAUGUUUAAAGGUCAAUACGAAGCCAUUAACAACAUCGUAUUCAUUAGUGACCCCAAAAUCGAAUACAUCGGAUCAGAGUAUCUUGAAAGGUUUAAGAGGUUGACUAAACUUGAAGAUAUCUGUUUGGAUAAAGACGACGCCAGGUGUCAUACAUCCGUUGAUGGAAAAGUUUUAUAUAAUAUCGAUUUACAUGGAAAUAGUAAUAAUAAUACUCCGGUCUCAGACUGUGUGACAAACAACGGUACGCUAGUUGAAUGCGGUUCUGGUGAUUGUGUGCCGACUGGAAUGAAAACGGGUGACUUGGCUGAACUUGGGUCGGAUAUGAUAUUUAUUCCUUCUAAACCGAGUCGGGAAGAGUUGAUUAAUAUAUUGAAUGCGACUAAAAAUGGAUGUUUAUUGACCGGAACUGCUACAAUGGGUCAAAUUGGUCAUAAUAUAGGAAGCAUAGACAUCGGGGAAUGUGAAGAUUCCUACUUGUUUCGUGUCUCUCUUCCUGGAGUUAAACGGGACGAAAGGGAGUUCAGUUGUGAGGUUGAAGAUGAUGGUAAAGUAUCUGUAAGGGGAGUAAACGUUACGGGUGAAAAAACUGUGUGUAGAUUUGAUCAGAUAUUCGAGAUGCAGUCUCAGAACCUUUGUCCUCCGGGCCACUUUUCUGUCUCGUUUAAGCUGCCGGGGCCUGUUGAUCCUCAACAAUUUUCUGGGAAUUUUGGGACUGAUGGGAUUCUGGAAGGAAUAGUGAUGAAAGCACCAAAAAAGAUGAAAAGAUGAUUAAGAUUUUGAAAUAGUCCCUGCUGAUGCAUAUACUGAUAUGUUUUAUGUAUAGCAUCGUGGUUUAUCUGUUAGGAUUUUGUGUUUGCUUUUACUUAGAUACGUCGACUAGUUAUGAAUAUGAUGAUAGUGUUAGGUGCUUGAAUGCCGUUUGGUGACAGACUUUGGGUAUGAGUAGAAAUAAUCGGUAGCAUGUGUACUCGUCACAGAUCUUAUUUUUGAUAUAGAAUAGACAAUAUUGGACUUGCUAGUUGCUA